UUAUGUGCAAUUUACUGCAAUGGCGUUGCCGGUUCUUCCGGCAAGUGGAUAGUACAAUCACAUCUUCCCUCUCUCAUGUUAUAAAAGUACGAAGAAUGACGGACGACGUGGUGAUUCUGGACGACCCUGUUCAGAAAGAGGAAGAGGUAGCUCAUUUCCAAGCACCUGCAGUUCAACACAAUCCUGAUGGAUGGGGUCCUUGUGAAUUACCUGAUCAAUUCAAGGAUAUACCUUAUCAACCAUUUUCGAAAGGCGACAGAUUAGGCAAGAUAUCUGACUGGACUACACCAACUUUCCAAGAUAAAAAGUUUCCAAACAAGUAUACAUCACAAUUUGGUUCUGGUAGUCAAUAUGCAUACUAUCACGAUGAAGAUGAAACAACUUUCCAUCUGGUUGAUACAACCCGUGUACAGAAACCAGUUUACCAACGUGGUGGUCGUUUCCGACAUAAUCAAAGAAAUCUACGUGGUCGCGGAGGACAACGGGGUGCGUUGAGUCAGAUGCAGCAACUUGGAAAAUUGAAACUCCGUGAAAGAGAACGUAAAGGGCAAACAAAACGCUGGGGUAGACAGCAAGGUUUACGUAAUCAUAAAAAUCAACCACCAAUUAAAAUUCGCGAUGCAUCUGUUACCGUGAGACCUGAUUGGGUAACUAUCGAAGAAAUGGAUUUCCCACGCUUAGCAAAACUAUCUUUACCUAGUGUAAAAGACGGAGAAGAUAUUUUGUGCUGUGGUUCACUUGAAUAUUAUGAUAAAACUUAUGAUAGAGUAAAUGUUAAGAGUGAAAAACCACUACAAAGAAUUGACAGAAUCUUCCAUACAGUUACUACCACCGAUGACCCAAUAAUUCGUAAACUUUCAAAGACAGAGGGAAAUGUUUAUGCCACAGAUGCAAUUUUGGCAACAAUUAUGUGUUGUACACGUAGCAACUAUUCUUGGGAUAUUGUAAUUGAGAAAAUUGGAGAUAAACUAUUCUUUGACAAACGAGAUAAUACUGAAUUUGAUUUGCUGACUGUGAAUGAAACCAGUGUUGAGCCACCACAAGAUGAUGGAAAUUCUUUAAAUUCUCCUAGAAACUUAGCUUUAGAAGCUACAUUUAUUAACCAUAACUUUUCUCAGCAAGUAUUAAAAUCUAAUGAAGCCCGAUAUAAAUUUGAGGAGGGAAAUCCAUUUAUUUCAGAAGAAGAAGAAGGUGAUGUUGCUAGUGUCGCGUAUCGAUACAGAAAAUGGGAUUUAAACAAUGACAUUGUACUGGUUGCAAGGUGCGAACAUGAUGCUGUAAUGCAAGGACCUAAUAAUGAAAUGCAAUUUUUAACAAUCAAAGCAUUGAACGAAUGGGAUUCAAAGUUAGCCAAUGGUGUUGAAUGGAGACAGAAAUUGGACACACAACGUGGUGCUGUAUUAGCAAACGAGUUGCGUAAUAAUGCAUGCAAAUUGGCUAAAUGGACUGUUCAAGCAUUACUAGCAGGUUCGGAUCAACUGAAGUUUGGAUAUGUAUCAAGGGCUAUGGUUAGAGACUCGAGCAAACAUGUUAUUCUUGGUACUCAACAGUAUAAGCCAAAUGAAUUUGCAACACAAAUUAAUCUUAACAUGGAUAAUGCUUGGGGUAUUUUGCGAUGUAUUAUUGAUAUCUGUAUGAAGCAGAAGGAUGGCAAAUAUCUUAUUAUGAAAGAUCCAAAUAAGCCAAUGAUAAGAUUAUAUGAUAUCCCGGAUAAUACGUUUGAAAGUGAAGGCGAAGAAGAUGAGGACGACGAUGAGCCUGUUAACGAUGCUUUUCAAAGUUAAUAGAGAUCUCAAGUUCUUCUCGGCUUCUAAGGAUGAUUGACCUAAAAGUCAUUGAUUUGUAUCAUGAGCAUACCUUGUAAAAGGAAGAAAGUGG